AUGUUUAAGAAAAAAGAAAUAAUCAAUAUAAUUGUUCUUGGAUCCACAAAUUCAGGAAGAUCAACUACAGUUGGUCACUUUCUCUAUAAGUUAAGCAAAGAGUGUCCUCAAUUGCUAUAGUAUUUUAAUACUACAUCUUAGAUUACAGAAGAGAAGGAUAUAGACUUUACAAUUCCACUAAAAAAUUUGCAAUUUGAAUUGGAGAGAAACAGUGAAUAGGAAGAAAAACAUAUAUGCUUUGAAAUGAACAACCAUAACUAUGAAAUAGUUGAUAUUAUUGGUCAUAAAAACUUUGUUAAAAAUAUCAUAUCAGGUUAAUCUAAAGCUCAUGUAGUGCUGAUAGUUGCAGCCCUUUAACAAGAAAGAGAUGAAUAUGAUUUCCAAUUUGAGUAAAUAAAGCAAUAAUUGAUAUUGGCACAAAGUCUUGGAGUAAAGUAGAUUAUAGUGGCUCUUAACAAAAUAGAAAUAGUGAAUUUUUCUGAAAAUGAGUUCACUUUGAUGAAAAACUAAAUUGACAAUUAUUUGCAUGAAAUAAAAUUUAAUCCUGAAAGUAUUUUUUAUAUUCCAGUUUCUGGUGUUAAAGGCGAUAAUUUAGUAGAAAAAUCAGAAAAUAUUCUUUGGUAUGAAGGAUAAACACUUUUAUAAGCUUUAUUUUUUAUGAAUAAUAUUAAUGAUUUGAAACAAAAACCUUUGAGAAUGCCAAUUAAAGAUAUCUAUAAGAUUGGAGGAGUAGGAACAGUUCCAGUUGGUAGGGUUGAAACAGGUAUUCUAAAGCCUGGAAUGAUGAUAAGAUUUUCUCCAAGUGGCUUAUUAGCAGAAUGUUCUUAGUUUGAGAUGAUGCAUCAUCCAAUGGAAGAAGCUAUUCCAGGUGAUAAUAUGGGUUUCAGCAUUAAAGGAAUUGAGACUUCAGAGAUUCAGACAGGAAAUGUUGCUUCUGAUGCUGAAAGAGAUCCAGCGAUGAAGGCAAUAUCUUUUUUAGCUUAAAUAGUUUUACUCGAAAGCUCUAAAUAGAUAGAAGUAGGUUAAAUUUCAUAGCUUUUUAUUCAUUAUACAUAAGUAGAAUGUAGAAUUAAAAGAAUUAUACACAAAAUUGAUAACAGAACAGGCAUUAUUCUAGAAGAAAACCCAAUAUCAGUCUCAAAAGGAGGUUCUGCAUUAGCUGAAAUUGAACCUCUUCAACCAUUAUGCAUCGAAGAAUACAGCUAAUAUCCACCUCUAGGUAGAUUCAUAUUAAAGGAUUCUGAUUAAACUACAGCUGUAGGAAUAGUUUAAAAAGUUGAAAAAUAAUUUAUCAAUUGA